GUCCAACACCCCCGUCGGGUGUGUGUCCGUUGUAGCGAAUGGCAACUUCACCUGCACCACUGAUAGUGGUGUCGCCUGCGCCCAAGAGCGAGGCAGUCGCACCAGUGGCAUCGGACUCCUAUGGGCGCUCGAACAGCGGCAGGGUUUCACCCACAUCACCGGCUGGUUCUGCUCCACCGGCUCCCCCUAGCAACCACCUCAACAAGCGGCUUCUCUUCUUUGCAGUGGCCAUAGUGGCUGUUGUACUAGUAGGAGUGGCUGUCGCCCUGGCAGUGGCCCUGGGUCGUCGUAGCAAAGGCGCGCAGUCAGACAAUCUGUACGGCAUUUUUCCGUACAAUGGCAACUGUUCCAACGGCUCUUCUGUGUACAGCAUUGCUCCAGUUGUACGGGCGUCCGGUGGCGGCCAGUACUGCUUCACCCUAAAUGCUUCAGCGGUUCCCGCCAACUGCUCCAGCUACUGCUGCUCUCAGGCUGACCUUCACACGGUUGAGCUCAACGUCAAUUCUGUUUGCAACGUCGCCAGUGCGCAAUUGAGAGCUACCGUGAACGGCUAUCCCACUAGCAGUAGCCCCGUCUUCGAGACACCCACCCAGGGGCCCGAGGGUAGCGCCCUGUUGCGGCUGUCGCAGCUGGGGCUAAGCCGCAACAGCAGCGGCGCCCAGAUUUGCCUCAUCCUCCAACCCAGCAGCCAAGGCCAGGGCUGCACCACCCUCGAGCAGCUCUGCGUGCCUCCAGCCGGCCAGCCAGCAGGCGCGUGCUCUGUUGCCCUGCUGGACAGCCAGAGACAGUGCUGCCCAGUUUCCUCAACAGGACGGGACUCCUCAGCAUGGAUGCAAGGCGGCCUAGACGAAUCGUCUCAGACCAGCACCUCACGCACACCUCCGCUACCCCCUUUAACCUUACAACAGCCGCCACCCAUACCCACCAGCCCAGGUCAGUUUCCACCUUCGUCUCCACCCUACACAACGCCACCGGACUCCCCUCGUCUCCAGCCCAGUCCCCCGAGGCCACCGCAAACACCACCUCGUCUCCAGUCCCCGCCGCCAACACCACCUACGUCUUCACCACCCCAUCCCGGCCCAUCCCCUCUUCAGCCGUCCUCCUUCCCACCCAAAGAGAUGCCUCCUUCCCUCCCCAUUUUUCUACCUCGUCCUCUGUCCCCGCUGCCUCACCCUCCUCGCCCGCCGCCAUCCACACCACCACCCGAGCCACAUCCCACCCCCUCGCCUCGUCCCUAUGCUCCCUCCACACCGGAAGACGUGCCUCCCGAAUUGAAUGCUCCUCCUGUCCUUCCACCUGAACCGCCAUGGCCGCCCCCUCGGCCUUCGUCCCCUUCACGGCCCCGACCUCAUCCCGGCCCCGCGCCUAUUCCCCCUGCACCUUCCCCUCCUUUCCCUUCACCAUCCCCCUCUCCAUCUCCUCGACCGCCUGCGCCCCUUCCACCAUCACCUGCUCUCCCGCUCCCUACACCCCUCCCACCAUCGCCCCCUCCGCCCGGCCCUCCAUCGCCUUCUCCAUCUCCUCGACCGUCUGCGCCCCUUCCACCAUCACCUGCUGCUCUCCCGCUCCCUAGACCCCUCCCACCAUCGCCCCCUCCGCCCGGCACUCCAUUGCCUUCUCCAUCUCCUCGACCGCCUGCGCCCCUUCCACCAUCACCUGCUCUCCCGCUCCCUACACCCCUCCCACCAUCGCCCCCUCCGCCCGGCCCUCCAUCGCCUUCUCCAUCUCCUCGACCGCCUGCGCCCCUUCCACCAUCACCUGCUCUCCCGCUCCCUACACCCCUCCCACCAUCGCCCCCAC